AUGGACUUCUCCAUUCUGCCAAACAACAACCAUCCCAAUAAAUUCCUGCAACUGGAGGUGAAGUCUUUAGUGAAAAAUUCUGCCUUUCUACAAGCCAGCCUGGCAAAAUUCCCAGAAGCAGCUUUACCUGGAGUACAGCAGUGGCACAACAGGGUCUAUUUACAGAGAGAAAAGAGAACUUUCCCUGAGCUGCCAGGCUUAGACUUGAAUGGGUUCAGUCCAGAAAUAGUAGACAAAGCCCUUGGGAAACACAUUACACUCAUCACCCUGAAAUCCACAGUCAAAAGCAACCCUUUAUAUAGUGAUACCCAGGUGAAUGAUGACUGGGAGGAGAAAAAAAAGACCCCUUCCUGGACUGUGCAAGACUAUGACAGACAGUCACUGCACUCUAACUUGGCCAGCUGCAUAAAGGAAAAUCCUAAUGAUCUACAGUUCUGGAUGGGGGAUAUUUAUACUCCUGGGUAUGACACCUUGUUAAAAAAGAAAGAGAGAGAAAAAAAGCAUUCCAAAUGUUGCCGAAUCACCCUGCUCAUGGUACUAGUUGUUUGCAUCCUGAUUACCAUAGUCACGCUCACAGUUUUAUUUACUUAG